AUGUCGUCGCACAAGCCUGAUGGCGGCCGAAUACCCCGGCUUAGGGGUGUUGCAUCUCAACCACGAAGCGUGUCAUCGCCGAUGAUUACUGUAGCAGCGAAGCCAACGGGCCUUCCUAUGCCGCCAAGGCCGCAAAUUGAUCCCUCAGUCCCUUCUUCUAAUAGGACUAGCAGACUACCCUCCUUGACCGUGGCUGAAAAGAGCCAGGGAGCGCGCUCAAAUCCUUCCAGAAUACCAUCUAGUCAGGGUCUUCAAUCGUUCUUGCCCCCGAGGGCGACUACGCACCCCCUGCCAUCGCCAUCGGGACCUUCUGUGUCCCCUGAUAUAAACGCUAGCCUGGGCUUGCCGCAAAGCUCGUAUUCAGUGUCAAUCUCUUCGGAUAAUAGUCUGCAAAAUUCCGCUCGCAGUCGGCCACGGAACGUUCUCCGAAGAAAGUAUCCCACAAUUGGACAACAUACGGGAAAAAAGCAACCGGCUACUAUGCAAGGCACCAGGCCCGAAAAGCUGAAUGUAAUAAUUCCAGAUGAUGCUCAGUCCAGCAACGACACCAUGGACUCUCCUCGGUUCUUUGACAGCCCGGCGCAGUGGAAUCACCUACCUUCACCUCCGUCCGCCGUUCGAGGGAGGAAUGUGAGUAAUACUCCGGAAAACGUGUCUCACGGCCCUAAAGAGCUUGCUAGCCUUCGAACCACGAUAAACACACAAAACCUACCACCACCAACACCAGGGUUUGCCUCCGCAAGCAGUCCCUCGACGAGGUACUCUGGAUCUCCCGGAAUAUGGAGCCGGACUUCCACUCCGACAUCUUUGUCCUCGUACUCCCCGGGGAUUGUCCAACCGGUUAAAUUUGGUUCCCGGUUGAGACAGCCAAGCCCAUCUCAAACAAGACUCCCUUCUUUUUCACCUCGGAUACAGCAGACCCCGUCACCGAGCAACCCACUGAGUUCCGGAGAAUUCAGACCAUUGGUCCCGACCCAGGGCGCAGACUCAACCACUACGUUGGUCAAACCUGAACAGAAAAGCCCAGCGACAGAACCUGAUGUUGGGAGGGCUCCAACCACCGGCAACGGGAUUGUUCAACGCAGGACAUCGAUUAAAUCUAACCUUCCCCGAAAGUCCAACGUGCUAGCUGAAUCAGGUCGCAACGCACCCGAACAGAAGCUCACCAAAGUCGAGCCACGUGGACCGUUAAGGAGAGGGGGAGCUGGAGGGCUUUCACUAAACACGACACAGGUGCCGCGGAGACCAAGUAGAGAUGGAACCCACCAACUGGAAUUGGAACCAUCACCUGUGGUCCAAAGCAACUUAUCCCCUGAGACAGUGACCGGACAUAAAAGACGUGGGUCUGUGGAGAGUUCAAUCGCUAUCGACAAGUCUCCAUUGUCAGUCAAUCAAUCUGCCGCUACCUCCGUGGAUUCAUUACAUUCUAGGACGUCCUCCCGAAUUCCGUCCCGCCUUCCACCAUCACCGGAGCUGUCCCGCAAGCUACCUCAGAAAGCAGCAAAAGAAUCGACAACACCUCAAAAUCCUGUUAGUCCGGGUAGAGCUCGCCGAUUCGGACUCUUCUCUAAGAAGUCUAAGCCAGAGCUUGAUUCAAAAGCAUUGGAUGAGUCUCGCCCCAUUCGUAAGGGACCAGUUGCUGGAACUGGUCAUGAGGGGUACGGCAGAUAUGGACAGCGUGGACGCAAGACAAGUAUCAGCAGCAACAGUGGGGUUCGUGAUCGAUCGACAAGCACGACCAGAAGCGUGUCCAAAUCUGUAUCAAGCAGUAAAGGGAGUGACAGAGGCCGAUCCGACUUGGGGCUGGAUGACUUUUUGCUUGACCGCUUGGAACCCGUGGUCAUACCAGGUGGCGGCAUUGAUGGGACAGCCCUGAUACGAACGCAGAGCGAACAGAGUUCAAGUGGCCUCAGCACAACGUCUACGAUGAACAUGGUGCCGCGCUCUAAACCAUCGCGACCUCCUGGUUACUCUACAGAUUCUUUAGCUACUUCAACAGGGACUGUGGAAAACGCCCGAGGCAGUUACCGAAGAAAUAAUUCUCAAGGGGAACUCAACCAGAAUCAAGUCCCUCGCGGUGGCUCUUCGAGCUUCUCUAGCACUGGUGGUUCUGGAUCGAAUGCGGAGCGCAAGGCGUCACUGGCCGAUAUCACACAAGAAAAGCCGCUGGCAAAUACGGUGAAACCAUCCUCGUCUGAAAUUAAGGUGACGAACAGUCCUAAAAAACAAGAGAAAAAGUCACCGAAGAAGGGUCUAGGCUUGAAGUGGAAUUUCUUCCAUAGAAGCAACGAUAGCACCGCGCACAAGGAACCGGAGCCACUGGCUUCUGUGCCUCAGCUGCAGGCUGCGGUAUCGACGGUAAAAUCUCACCGACCGGUUGCACACUACGCCUUUGUGGAUACGGAUUCCGACCCCUUGGAAGAUAUCAUUCACAAUAUUGAGGACUCGCCUCCGACAGAAGAUGACGGGAUGAAUUCUCCGGUUGAGGUUCCGGCAGCUUUGAAGAUCAGGAAGCCGAGCCCAUCUAUUCUUCUUCCUUCGCCACCGAAACUACAUGGUGAAUUCGCCAGAAACGGCCCACCCUCGCCAAAAGUUUACUUUACAAGGAACCCGUUUGAUCCAAUCCCCCAGAAGCCGGUGGAGCCUACGCAAACCAAAGAACAAGUACCGGAAAAACGCACAAGUAGGCUGGCUUCAGUUGGACGCAUCCCGCGUGUGGUGUCUAGGAGAGAAAGACAGCAUAAACCCGCCUUUCAGUCCUUCUCACGGCCAUUCAGUGUGACUGAGUCGCCUUCCCUAACAGCUAUAGUGGACAGACCAGCGGAAUUCUCACCACCUCGUUCCACACCCGAGUCCCAGAGACGCAACCCUCCGCGUGAUCGGCACAAUCCUGCAUUUGAUCUGACACAACCAUUUGGGGAUCCGACGAAGCAAAGCAUUCUCGAUUUUAUUGCCGGUCCGUAUUCGAAACACGAAUUUCUCGCAUUUUCCCCUGGCAAUGACUCGAUGAUUUCAACUUCCAGCGAAUCGGAGAGUCUGGCGGCUGUGACAGCUGUGAUACCAAACCCGGGGUCAGAGUUGAAUGAGGAUGAGGUAUGGGGGGAGUAUGAUGACCUGCUUGACCAUGUCCUAUCUCCCAAGAGUACGAGGUCCGUUUCUCCUGGUGAACACGAAGUGGAAGGAAAGCUUGAAAUGGCAACUAUGGCCAGUAGAGCGCUUCAAGCUGAACUGAAUGGCCAAGCAGAUAAGCGUGUGCGCUCGUCUUUGAUCGAGAACCCGGCCUUGGCACUUAUUCCGGCAUCCCCCCAGUCAAGCAAUGGUUCAGUUCACCUUCGGCGGUCCAGGAUUGUGUCUGCCUUGCAUUCGUCCAUUGCCCCGUCUUCGCAGCCUUCAUUCAGUGAUAUUAUCAAGGCAUACUGCGAUGAUCAGCCUGAGAGUGAAGCGCCUGACCAGAUCGAUCAAGCCACCGUUCCACCCGUGGAUCAAAAUUCUCUCUACCUUAGCUCUCCCUUAAACCCAUCUCCGAGCUUCGAGACAUGCCGACAACGGAACACCAUUUUGUUCGAUAUAGCCGAGCGAGAUCGAGAAGGACCCACGGCGCAGACAAACAUUCGAUCGGGAUCGUUGAUGACUAGUCGAUGGUUGUCCUUCGGGAGGGUUCUGUUCAGUCCUGCUCACAACCACGUCAAGGAUGGAGAAGACGAACGGAUCCUGGUUGUGGACGGUCUCGGAAAUGAUGACUGGUCCUUCUACUGUGCUCUCACGUACCCGAACGCAGAUGUGCAUUGCCUGACCGAUGGACCCGCAUCUACUGCCUUCAAGCACCCUGCUGCCUGGCAGCCGCCUUCUAACCAUCAUACCAUCCAUCACGCGAGCCUUGAAGACCGAUUUCCAUUCCCGAAAGGGAGCUUCACAGUGACUGUCUUGCGAUUCCCUGCUGCUUGUUCCGAGUUUGCUCAGAAUAAAAUCGUAUCGGAGUGCAAGCGUGUGCUCCGCCCUGGUGGCUAUAUCGAGAUGAGCGUGCUCGAUCUAGACAUGGUUAACAUGGGCAUCCGGACGCGAAAGGCCGUACGGCAGCUGAAGGAGAGGACGUAUCUCACCGACCCCAACAUCAGCCUGAAGCCUGCCAGUGACAGCAUUCAACGGAUGCUAGGUCAGCAUGGGUUUGAUAGCCUGCGACGAUGUAUAGUGCGGAUCCCGACCGCGGGAAUAAUCGUCCGAUCAUCCGCCUCCUCGUCAUCGACAGCCUCAUCGAAUCCGUCCACAAUGGCCACCAAUACUACUCCAUUCACCGUCUUCUCCGGACCCUCAACUUCAUCCGUGAGCGCCCAAUCGAAGGCCCAUGGAAAGUCCUCCUCCAACGACACUGAUCUUUCGCUGGGAGAUCUGCUGUCGGACCCGUCCCCUUCUCCUUCCAACGACGAAUCCAUCCGCAAGAUCGUGGCCAAGGUCGGUCGCUGGUGGUACACUCGAUGCUACGAAAUCCCUGUUCUCCCGAACGGCGACGCCGAUCUCAGCAUCUGGGCCAACCGAAAAGUUGUCCGCGAAUGUCAGAGGCGAGGCACCGGAUUCCGGCUGUUAAUCGCCUACGCUCAAAAACCGAGCGAGAAACGAAGAACCGCAAGUGUUUGA